UGCUGAGGGGACAGACUGUCAUCUGCAGUUUUAGUUGUUACAGCUAGAUGGUGGUAGAUUUAACAGAGCAGUAGCUCGUUUUCUAUUAUUUUACUGUAACUUAAGGGAAUAUGUUUUAUGUUUACAACAAAUUAUGCUUUGCUUGAUUUUAUUCAAAUGUGUUAUUUGUCAAAAAAUUUAGACAUUUCCUAUACUGUACAAAAAGUAAGGCUUAAUUCUAAUACAAUAUUCAAAGUUUCACAAACCAUAACCUUUAGGUCACUCAGUAUAUUUUAGGCCACUCAGUAUAUUUAACCAAUGAGAAACCAUGACUAAACACAUUAGUCAAAGUAUGGACAAAGACUGAGGCCUGAAUUCUGCUGCUGUAGUGUCGUGCCAUUCUCUACUGGUAUGAUGAAAUGAUGAAAUAGUUAUUGUUUGGCGAGUCUAACGCUUUUUUUUUUGGUAGACGUUUCAGAUCUUUGAUGGUGAAUGACAGACAGUGUUUUUUGUCUUAGUUCCAGUGGUCAGAAAUCAGAACCACACACAUAAUUGUCUUACUUCUGUAUGCCUAAACCAAAGGAAUGGGAAUGUCAAUUUCAAAGGGUCCAGUCGACGUAUGGAGUAUGGAGUUGACGCAGGAGUAAGACUGAUUUAUGGAUUAUGUGAUUUCACACACCCAAAGAGACCUCUGUAUUGAAGACUUUCCAGUGGCACUGGAACACCCCUAAUCAUUGAACCCACCUCAUGUUCAGGUGAGAAGAAAGGUGGAUAGAUGGAAAGAGAGAGAGAGAGAGAGAUGAGUAUGAAAGUGAGCUAGAGACGAAGGGUAAGCCAGGGAGGAAAUUGCGUGAAGGGGAAAUGGGAGAGCAAGAGGGAUUUGGGGUAUCAGACUAAGAGAGGGAGUAAUAGAGGGAAGAAGGGAACCGGGAGGGAGAGAGCAAAAGACUGACGGGAUUUCAAGACUGGAGAGUCAGCAGUGAGUAUGUUUGUGGAAGGAGGAGGGGGGAUAAGUAUUGAGAAAAAGAGGUAGGGAAGGGAGAGAGGUGAGGCUUGGUUUGAUUCAUGUUGUGAUCAGAGCCAAUAGAAAGCCCCCGUCUAUGUCUAGGAGGAAGCAGAAGUGAGAGUCCAAACCCAGCAGGAGACAUACAGAGACGCACAGACCUACAGACACAGAACUAGGAUACACAGACAUAGAAACCCAUUGGCAUGGAAAGAAAGAUUACAGAGAAAGGUUAAGAGAUAAUUACAUGUAUUAUUAGAUCAUAUAUAUUUGAGAUGGAUAUGAGAUAGACAUGGAUUAUUAAUAAACUCAAAAAUACAGACUCAGUGGAGAGAAACAGGACCACAGACCUUGGGACACGCAACUGACAAUCCACCUCAGUAACCACUGCUGUUCCCAUGGAAACCAAUACCAGGAUUCACUCUCCAGGACUGGUAAGGGUGGACAGCUACCCCUAACGGAGACAGGAUCACCCCACUGUCCCGGGACACUGUGGCAAGAGAAUGUUUUGGAGAAUCACUAUUCCAGUCCUACUGGCUGGGGUACUCUGUGUAGCCACAGAAACAAGGAAGCCCCGUCCCCAAGGCUCCAUCCCCUCACCUUUCAAGACCAAAGGCAACCUGUCAGAUCGUCAGCGCCUGUUGCCGCGGAAACCCGAAGUCCUUUCGUCAAGUCGGGAGGCCCUGGUGGUCACCGAGCGCCGGUACCUCCGACGUGACUGGUGCAAGACGCAACCCCUCCGCCAGACGGUGAGCGAGGAGGGCUGCCGAAGUCGUACGGUGGUCAACCGCUUCUGCUACGGCCAGUGUAACUCCUUCUACAUCCCCCACCUCAUGGGCCCCAGCUCAAAUAGAGGCCCAGGGUCCAGCCGGAAAAACCACAACAAGGUCCAGGAGCCCUUCCAGUCCUGUUCCUUCUGCAGGCCACACCGCUUUACCCAGCUCACUGUUCAGCUGGACUGUCCGGGCCUGCAACCUACCUUUCGCCAUCGCAAGGUACAGCGUGUCAAACAGUGUCGCUGUAUGUCGGUGGACGUGACUGGCAACGGGAAACUGUGAGGAGUUCUUUGGAACCAUACCAUGACAGUCACCAUGGAUACUAAUGUGACAGUGAAAGUGAACAUUAACAUGAACAUGAAUAGCGUAGAUAUGACAGGGGACAUGCUAGUACUUCUCCCUUAUAUUGGGUUAUUCUGCAUAAUCACUUUGAUUGGUCACACAAAAUGAACCUGACAGGUACUGAUAGUACAGAGUGACCCAGCUAUAAGACCUUUGACUAUAUGGACAGCUAUGGUGAAAACUACAAUGUGCAGACAUAAAUGGAUGGAUGCAUAGCACAACACCAACUGAAGCACAGACAUGUUUCAGUUCAACACAGUCAAUCAUAUGAAACAACUGGGUCCUUCAACUCUCUAUAAGCUCAUACAGGUUGUGAUAUUACCUUACCUAGGGCCAUGGACUGAUGGCCCCUUUCAUCUGGCUGUUGGCUCUAGAAGGAACAUACAUAUAAAACCACAAACAUAAACAAGUUCUAGACUGAAAGUGGAGCUCUUAAGCUGGCUGUGUCAUGUUUUACUGGGUUUUACCUGGGGGAACUCUCCGGCCAAUAAGGCUACGGACUGAGAGAAAGCCCCCAUAGCCUGUCUAAGUUUCUGCCUUUGGAUUCAAGAGCCGCCUGUGAAAUAAUUCUGACAAACAUCAAGCUAACCAGUAAAGAAAUUAUAUUAUUAUAUUAUGUAUAACUGUGGUACUAUAUAAGUAUAUGUCAAAAGAUAAGACACUAUAAAUAUAUAUACAAUCUAUUUCAUGUGAAACAUCUGUGUGGUCUGAAUGCAAACAAUGUUGUGGCAUUGAAGGAUAUGGUUGACUAACAAUGGUUGAUAAGAAUAGGCUCAACAACUUUACAUUUUAUUUUUCAUUUUCAUUUAUUUAACUAGGCAAUUCAGUUAAGAACAAAUUCUUAUUUACCAGAAGGCAAAAGGCCUCCUUUUGCGGGGGCUGGGGUUAAAAAUGUAAUACAAAUAUAGGACAAAACACACAUCACGACAAGAGAGACACCACAACACUACAUGAAGAGAGACCUAAUACAACAACAUAGCAUGGCAGCAACCCAUGAAAACACAAGAUGACAACAACAUGGCAGCAGCACAACAUGGUAGAAGCACAAAACAUGGUACAAACAUUAUUGAGCACAGACAACAGCACAAAGGGAAAGAAGGUAGAGACAGCAAUACAUCACGCCAAGCAGUAAGCGUGUCCAUGAUUGAGUCUUUGAAUGACGAGAUGGAGAUAAAAACGGUCCAGUUUGAGUGUUUUUUUGCAGCUCGUUCCAGGCGCUAGCUGCAGCGAAUUGAAAAGAAGAGCAACUCAGGGAUGUGUGUGCUUUGGUGGACCAAAGAAAGAAUGUGACUGGCAGAAUGGGUGUUGUAUGUGGAGGAUGAAGGCUGCAGUAGGUAUCUCAGAUAGGGAGGAGUGAGGCCUAAGAGGGUUUUAGAAAUAAGCAUCAACCAGUGGGGCUUGCGACAGGUAUACAGAGACGACCAGUUUACAGAGGAGUAUAGAGUGCAGUGAUGUGUCCUAUAAGGAGAGUGGCAAAUCUGUUGGCUGACUGGUAAAGAACAUCUAGCUGCUCGAGAGCACCCUUACCUGCCGAUCUAUAAAUUAUGUCUCCGUAAUCUAGUAUGGGUAGGAUGGUCAUCUGAUUCAGGGUUAGAUUGGCAGCUAUGGUGAAAGAGGAGCGAUUACGAUAGAGGAAACCAAGUCUAGAUUUAACCUCAGCCUGCAGCUUUGAUAUGUGCUGAGAGAAGAUCAGUGUACUGUCUAGCCAUACUCCCAAGUACUUGUAUGAAGUGACUACCUCAAGCUCUAAACCUUCACAGGUAGUAAUCACACCGGUGGGAAGAGGGGCAUUCUUCUUACCAAACCACAUGACCCUCAUUUUGGAGGUGUUCAGAACAAGACUAAGGGCAGAGAAAGCUUAAAAAGAAACUGAAUGUAGCAAAGCACAUGCAUAAUUCUAGAGGAAAACCUGGUUCAGUCUGCUUUCCACCAGAUACUGGGAGAUGAAUUCACCUUUCAGCAGGACAAUAACCUAAAACACAAGGCCAACUCUACACUGGAGUUGCUUACCAAGAAGACAGUGAAUCUUUCUGAGUGGCCGAGUUUCAGUAUUGACUUAAAUCUGCUUGAUAAUCUAUGUCAAGAUCUGAAAAUGGUUGUCUAGCAAUAAUCAACAACCAAUUUGACAAAGCUUGAAGAAUUAAACAAAUUAUAAUGGGCAAAUGUUGUACAAUCCAGGUAUGGAAAACUCUUGGAAACUUACCCAAAAAGACACACAGCUGUAAUCACUGCCAAAGGUGUAUUGACUCAGGGGGGUGAAUACUUAUCUAAUAAAGAUAUUAGUGUUUUAUUUUUCAUUCAUCUUUUACAAAUGUUCAAAGCAAAAAGCCACUUUGACAUUACAGAGUAUUUUGUGUAGAUCAUUGACAAAAACACGGCAGUGAAAUCCAUUUGAAUCCCAUUCUGUAACACAACAAAAUGUAGAAAAAGUGAUGCUCUGUAGCUAAUCAAACAAAGAGAGGAUGAUGAGAAGUCCUGAUGACUAAAUACCUUAGCUGCUAAGCUCAAGUCACGGUUCAUUUCAUGAUUUAUUGCAUAAACCACAACUGUACAUCACGUAUCAUUCUUGAACUAUGGUGUAUGAUAAACUGAUGAUUGUCACAAUGCAGGUUUUUACUGAGCAGGACUGGUUUCCAUACAGGUUGUAUUGACAGAGUAAUUUAGUUGAAUUUCAUUGGCUCAUUUGUCUUUAACUAGGCACUUGCUAUCCGGUAGGCAAAUAUUUAUAUAGGCCCACUUUUGUGCUCCUCUUUAUACUUGAAGGCAUUGCAGAGAUUGAUAUAAAUAGCUUGUUUUCUCUGUAAAACAUGAUUGUCUUAACUGGUGUCUUAUCUAUAGCUACAGGGGACAGGCUGAUACCACAACACAUGUCUCACUGUAAAACAUGAUUGUCUUAACUGGUGUCUUAUCUAUAGCUACAGGGGACAGGCUGAUACCACAACACAUGUCUCACUGUAAAACAUGAUUGUCUUAACUGGUGUCUUAUCUAUAGCUACAGGGGACAGGCUGAUACCACAACACAUGUCUCACUGUAAAACAUGAUUGUCUUAACUGGUGUCUUAUCUAUAGCUACAGGGGACAGGCUGAUACCACAACACAUGUCUCACUGUAAAACAUGAUUGUCUUAACUGGUGUCUUAUCUAUAGCUACAGGGGACAGGCUGAUACCACAACACAUGUCUCACUGUAAAACAUGAUUGUCUUAACUGGUGUCUUAUCUAUAGCUACAGGGGACAGGCUGAUACCACAACACAUGUCUCACUGUAAAACAUGAUUGUCUUAACUGGUGUCUUAUCUAUAGCUACAGGGGACAGGCUGAUACCACAACACAUGUCUCACUGUAAAACAUGAUUGUCUUAACUGGUGUCUUAUCUAUAGCUACAGGGGACAGGCUGAUACCACAACACAUGUCUCACUGUAAAACAUGAUUGUCUUAACUGGUGUCUUAUCUAUAGCUACAGGGGACAGGCUGAUACCACAACACAUGUCUCACUGUAAAACAUGAUUGUCUUAACUGGUGUCUUAUCUAUAGCUACAGGGGACAGGCUGAUACCACAACACAUGUCUCACUGUAAAACAUGAUUGUCUUAACUGGUGUCUUAUCUAUAGCUACAGGGGACAGGCUGAUACCACAACACAUGUCUCACUGUAAAACAUGAUUGUCUUAACUGGUGUCUUAUCUAUAGCUACAGGGGACAGGCUGAUACCACAACACAUGUCUCACUGUAAAACAUGAUUGUCUUAACUGGUGUCUUAUCUAUAGCUACAGGGGACAGGCUGAUACCACAACACAUGUCUCACUGUAAAACAUGAUUGUCUUAACUGGUGUCUUAUCUAUAGCUACAGGGGACAGGCUGAUACCACAACACAUGUCUCACUGUAAAACAAUGUAUUUCUCUUUACAAUGGCACCUGUCCAAAAAUUAUUAGCU